AUGGUGAACGACAAUUGUCCCCCAAUGGAGAUUAGGAAUGAUAUGGGGGUUCGUGUGUAUAUGGAGACCAAAAAGGAGAAUAAAAACUUAGGUUCAUAUCCGUUAUGUAUAAGUGUACGAGAUUUCAAUAUGGAAUUGGCAAUCACCAACGAUAACACAAGUGCAGUUGUGGUAAGUGUUAAAGUUUUUGGGUUGAAGACCUAUAAGGCCAAAUUAGUCGUCUUCCCAAGACGCGCUCGCAAGGUCAAGGCUAGUGAUUCUGCCCCCGAGGAAUUGGCUACGGCUACUCAAGCCCAUGGUGCUUACAUGCCUAUUGCACGUGAGAAGCCAUCAGUUGAUUUUGUCAAGGUUACUGAAGAGAUGAAGUCGUUCAAUGCCUAA